AUGGAGGGGUGCGGUAAGGUGUUCUCUGCCAAUGGGACUUUAACAGCCCACAUGAAGAUUCACAGUGGAGAAAGACCACAUGCAUGUCCUGUAGAUGGAUGUGAGAAAAGGUUUACAAAGGCAUCAAAGUUAAAGCUGCAUUUGAGGUCACAUACGGGUGAAAGGCCAUUUCACUGUGAAGUACAGGUAGAACUAUCAUAAUAUUAUGUUUACAGUCGAACCUCUCUCUACUGUAUGUCUCACUUCACCACAGUGUAUAAAUGAGUGCUGACUGCAAACUGGUGGGUAUAACCCUGCAAUAGACUAGCUUUCUAUCCAGUAGGGAGUGGUAAUACCCCUAUUAUACUUGCCAAGUGUCACACCUGCAGAUUGAAAACUUGGAUCUCACGCCUACUCUCACCUGUGUUCCAAUUUGUCAUGCCUGGUGGAAAAGUUUGAGCCAUUACAGCAUUAACUGACACAUUUGAAAAAUAUAUUAAUUAUUCAAACAAACCAAAACCAAAGAGAGAAAAGAGAAGUCUAUGUGGAUGAUCGACUUUCUCCGAAUUCUCUUUUUUUAGUAGGGAAGUCAAUGUUCCUUUGUGUUCCCAUGUUCGUGUUAGAUGGAACUCUUAGUAACAUCUUCGGAAGUCUUGAGAAUGUUUUCGGACAUCUUCGGAUAUUAUCAGACCCUACAAAAAAUCUUGGCACUCUUAAGAUAAAAAAUGUCACGCCUAUAAACGUAAAAAGUUAGCAGGUAUACCCUAUGUUCUUCUAUUAUACACUCUGGCCUUAUGGGCGUCUUUGGCUCAUGGUGCGCUUUAACCAUUUUUAUCCUACAUGUAUUUUAGAUACCCUAUUCCCCUAAAUGUCUCUGUUUCCUGUCUGACAAUGAUUGUUGUAGAGAUUUGAUUCAUUUCACAGUGUCUUUUUUGUUCAGGGAUGUGGCUGGUCUUUCACAAGUGCUUAUAAACUUAAGCGGCAUAUGCGGAAACACACGGGAGAGAGACCAUUUAUGUGCCUCCAUGAAGGCUGCCUUAAAUCAUUCACAAGAUCAAGUCAUUUAAAGACCCACAUGCUUGUCCAUACAGGAGAAAAACCUUAUGUUUGUCCUGUGGAC